UCUUAGCAUCUGGCCCAGGCUCCUGUUGCAGCCCAAAAUAAGGCUGAUUCUUGUCAGCUGAAGCCAGCACUGGCUGUAGGGCACACCCUGCUCACUGACUGCUGACCAGGGAGACUGCAAUAGACACUGACCAUACAACUCCAGCUCACCGACUGAGGUGUUAAUCUUGAGGGUCGGACAAUCCUUCCCACCUACUGUGACCCCAUCAGGAUCCUUAGGCACUGCAGAGAGACAACUCCCUGACUGUGAAUUAGAGUCCCUGCAGAGAUCCUGAUGAUCCCCAAGGAGCAGAAGGAGCCAGUGAUGGCUGUCCCGGGAGAUCUUGCUGAACCAGUCCCUUCACUGGAUCUGGGGAAGAAGCUGAGUGUGCCUCAGGACCUGAUGAUAGAGGAGCUGUCUCUCCGCAACAACCCGGGAUCCCUCCUCUUUCAGAAGAGGCAGCGCAGGGUGCAGAAAUUUACCUUUGAGCUUUCAGAAAGUUUGCAGGCUCUCCUGGCGAGAAGUGCCCAAGAAAAAGUGGCUGGCAAAGAGACCCUGGGGACGGUUCCCAAUGGCUCUGAGGAGCAGAACCACCGCUCCGAGCUCCAUGUGUUCCAGGGGUCGCCAGGGGACCCCAGGAUUGCCCACCCGGGAGUGGCUGGGGUUGAGUCGGUCCGUAAUCCAAGCGCCCUGGCACCAGGCUAUGCAGAGCCAUUGAAGGGCAUCCCGCCGGAGAAGUUCAACCACACCGCCAUCCCCAAAGGCUAUCAUUGCCCAUGGCAGGAGUUCAUCAGCUACCGAGACUCCCCGAGUGGCAGCGGAAGUCGCACCCCGGUUCUGCGAGACUAUCGAGACUAUCGCAACUUCAACAAGACCCCAGUGCCAUUCGGAGGACCCCAUGUCGGGGAAACCAUUUUCCAAGCAGGCACCCCCUUUGUUCCAGAGCCCUUCAGUGGCUUGGAACUCCUCCGCCUCAGACCCAGUUUCAACAGAGUUGCUCAGGGCUGGGUCCGGAAGCUCCCUGAGUCUGAGGAGCUGUAGCCUCAACCUGAAGCUCCAGUUCC